AUCCUUCUGGGGGUUGAGUCGCCUCAAAGUUCAGCAUUAGCGCCUCAUGACCGGCUCAGAGGCAAGAGCGCUUCAGGCACGUGCUUGCAGUCUAUGGCGUCACCUUUGUGUUAGAUAGUGUGAUCUUCAGAUGUGAUAUUCAUUUAUUUUACUGGGUAAGAUGUGCCCCACUGCAACGUGUUUUGCACUGUGUGGUUUCCACUACUUUGAGUGAAAGCUCCAAACCACAACCGCAAAGAUCCAGGUGUGCAGAGGCUUUGUAAGCCAAGGGGUAGUUCUGCACAGCCACGUGCUGUCCAGCAACACACAUUAUUAUUGAUUUAUUAAUGAAAUAAAACAAAUGCUAUGAUGUAAUUUAAAAAGUGAGUGCACAGAAGUCAAUAUGCUGCAGAAGUGAUGCCACACUGCAACAAGUGGCUUUUUUGCUCACAGUGUUACUAUGAACACAGGUGAAGAGGCUUCGCCUGAAAUAACUCACCUGUCAAAAUGACCUCAUGACCUGAUGCUACAUUACAAUGAUAGAUUCACACAGAGAAUGAACCUCAAACGACAACCCACCGUAUUUAUUGUUCAGUGUCAAAACUCCACGUGACACUCGAGGGCUAGGAAGAAAAAAAGAGCCGGCGAGGUUGAGUGUUUUCAUUCCUAUGACGGGAAACCACCAAACACAGACACCGAGUUCCUCUGUUUAGUGGCUUUACCUCCAGCGUGCCAGUCUCAGUCAACAUGACUUCUGUUAGCGACGUCCCGACCCUUCUGCCCGCUUUGCUGAUUACAUUCCUGGGUUUGAAGUGCUGCUCGUCCCAGGAUGCCCUGAACUCCACCGUCCCCCUGACCUCCACGUAUUUCGAUAACAUCAGCGUGGACUACGACGACAUCCCGGUCUUGUGCGAGAAAGCGUUCAACCGGCAGUUCCGCCUGUGGUUCGUGCCCACGUUCUACUCCGUCAUCUGCCUCCUGGGGCUGGCGGGGAACCUGCUGGUCAUCCUCACCUUCUUCUACUUCCGGCGGCUCAAGACCAUGACGGACGUGUACCUCCUCAACCUGUCCUUCGCCGACCUCCUCUUCGCGCUGUCGCUCCCCUUCUGGGCGGCCAACUCCACGGUGAACUGGCCCAUCAGCCUGGGCGUGUGCAAGGCCAUGAACACGCUGUACAAGGUCAGCUUCUACAGCAGCAUGCUCCUGCUCUGCUUCAUCAGCGUGGACCGCUACUUCGCCAUCUCCAAGGCCGUGUCGGCCCACCGCCACCGCUCGCGGGCCGUCUUCGUCAGCAAGGUGUCGUCCGCGGCCAUUUGGGCCACGGCGCUGGUCUUCUCCAUUCCGGAGAUGAUGUUCGCGUCGGUCAACAACAACACGUGCACGCCCUUCAACAGCAACGCCGACCCGCGGCGCGUCAGCGUGCAGACCAGCCAGAUGGUGCUGGCCUUCGCCCUCCCGCUGCUGGUCAUGAGCUUCUGCUACAGCAGCAUCAUCCAGACCCUCUGCCAGGCCCGCAGCUUCGAGCGGAACAAGGCCAUCAAGGUGAUUCUGGCCGUGGUGGCCGUGUUCCUCUUCAGCCAGGUGCCCUACAACCUGGUGCUGUUCUGGAACACCAUGGUCACGGCCCGGGGCGGCGCCAAGGACUGCGGCUUGGACAACAGCCUGCUCUUCGCCACGGACGUCACCCAGUGCCUGGCCUUCCUCAGGUGCUGCCUCAACCCCUUCGUCUACGCGUUCAUCGGGGUGAAGUUCCGCCAUGACCUCCUGAAGCUGCUGAAGGACUUUGGCUGCAUGAGCCAGGAAAGGUUCUUUAGGUACACCUUCGGAUACAAGAGACGGAGCUCAGCAGCCACUGACACGGAGACGACCACCACAUUCUCUCCUUGAGGCCGUUUCAUCACGGACGACGGGUUUUUCGUCCUACAGACAGGAUGGACUCCACAGUUUGUGUCCAUAGCAGACAUCUUUAUGUAGAUGACAGUUACUGUAUUUGCUUUUGCUCCAUGAUUAUGUAUAUUAAACUACUUAUUUAGUUUAUUUUAUUUUACUUUUCUUUCACCAUUUGAUUUGUAAUAAUGUGAAAAUAAUAAAAUGGGAUUGAAUUCA